AUGGCGAAGUACAAGGACGGCGAAACCGUCGCUGCCUUCAAUGGCAAGUGGGUGUCAUGGACACACACUGUAGUCGCCUAUGCGGCAUUCCUGGGAGCUCUCAUCGUCGGAGUCGCUCUCCACUACCAAAAGAUUGUGCAGAAUGAGCACUACGGCUACCCGCAAGAAUGGUUCCCGUCCGUCUCCGCCACCAUUGGCGACCGCUACCCCGAGCGCAGCGUUUUCCAGCUCUUCAUUGCCAUGACUGCUGGUCCCCGCUUUGCGCUGGUCGCCCUCUGGUACGUCCUCACGGCGAAGCCCAACUCGACUUUGCCCAAGUUCAUUGCCGGCGUUGGCAUCUUCCGGACUUUGACCUGCGGCGGGUGGACCUACAUCACAUCUACCGAUGACCAUGACUGGCAUGAUAUCUUUAUGAUUUCGUACCUGGUCGCGACCAUUCCGUGGACAUACGGCUGUUACGUUCUCAGCCCGCCGAACGUGAAGGCCAUCAAAUACCGCAAAAUCUUCGCAACAAGCUUCUUUGCCACCAUCGUCCCCUUGGUCUACUUCUUCAUCCAACACAAGGUUCACAAGGUUGCUGGAGCUUACACAAUCUACGCCUUUUUUGAGUGGAGCCUUGUCCUUCUUGAUGUAGCUUUCGAUGCCGUCACCGUGUACGACUUCUCGGCAUUUGAAAUUGCCAUCAAGGACCUCAGAGGUGUCAGCAGAGGAAACUCGCAAGCCGAACGCAUUGCGGAAAAGGAGAAAAACCGUGAGAUUGCUGAUCUUUACGCCGCCGGUUUCCACUGGCCUGCUUUCUUUGAUGCCGCCGCAGAUGUCUACAACGGCUUCGUGUUCUGGACGAUGCUGACCUCUCUCGGACUGCUUGUGUGGUACUUCCCGCUCUGGUACAUGGGUAUCUCUGGCUACGAAGUCAUAGUCAUGUGCACCGUCUCGCCCUUCCUGCUUGGGAUCCGCCCUCUUCGGUCGUUGGUCAUCCGGAACCUUCGCAUCACGCACCUCCUUUCUCUCUCCGGCCUACUUUCCUACUUGAUCACUGCCCCAGACAAGCGCUUGUUCGCCGUUGGCUUUGGUCUUUGGAUGUCCUGCCUUUCUUGGGCGGCCACCUUCUACGCAGAACGCUCGCAGCCCCACCGCCUGGAGGCACGUAUUUCGGCUUUUGCGCUUGGCCUCCUCAUGUCCAGCGUCGCCAAGUUUGCCUUCUGGACCAACAACCCCAUCUGGCCAAUCAUGCACGCGCCCAAUGGUGGUUGGAACAAGCUUGGGAUUGCUCUAGCUGUAGUGUCCGUUUUCCGUUCUACUCGGUUCACGGCUAGCGGCGGCGCAGAUAUUCCUGCUCCUGGUCCUCAGAAAGGCUCGCCGGUCUUGGCCGGCCUCGGUCUUGCCGGCCUUUUCUUUGCUAUGCACUCUCUGCUUUCCGACACGAGCACCAUGAUUCUCUGGGUUUGGGAGGGAUACCCAGUCCGUGGGCCACUCUCAGUUCCUCACGGUGCAUACACUCUCUUCGCUAUGGGGGCUGGCCUUACAAUUGGUCUUUUCUACCCGAGGCUUUCCGGGAGCUGGGCUUUCUACGGCAUUGGUGCUGUUGGCGCCGCUGUACUGACCGGCAACGGCAACUGGUUUGGGUACUAUGGUGCCCUCACCUUGGCCGCCUACAUCAUGGCUGUUGCACCCGUUCUGAUCUCUUCCGCAGCCCGCCACAGCCCGGCAUCCACGUUUGGCCUCGGCUUUCUCCUCUACAACAUCCUGGUCCUUGCCCAUGUUUGGGUUGUUGCCUACGCUUUCGUUCCGGGUGGUCCCUUGAUGCGUGAGCAUACUGACUGGGUUAUGACUGCGACAAUGCUGUUCAUUGGCGCCGGCGUCUUUGCCGCCGUUAGCACACCUAACGGGGCAGCUAGCGCCAAGACCCGCAAGCCCGCAAGCCCUACUUCCCGCAAGACGCGCUCCUACUACCUCUACGUGUUGCUUGCGCUCGAAGCGCUCGGUGCCUCUGUUGCAUAUCUGCGUUUCCCGUCAUAUGACUACACCCCCUACCACAAAAACGACAAGGUCAUUACUGCCGGUAUCUGGACGAUUCAUUUCACUCUUGACAACGACAUGUGGUCUUCUGAGCGCCGCAUGCGUGACCUGAUCAAGGAAAUGGAAGUCGACGUCAUUGGCCUUCUUGAGAGCGAUACUGAGCGCAUCAUCAUGGGCAAUCGCGACACGACUCAGUAUAUCGCCGAAGACCUUGGGAUGUACGUCGACUAUGGCCCAGGCCCCAACAAACAUACGUGGGGGGCGGCGUUGUUGUCGAAAUUCCCCAUCCUCAACUCGACGCAUCACCUGCUGCCAUCGCCUGUCGGUGAGUUGGCUCCGGCCAUCCACGCGACACUGGACUGCUACGGUGAGCUGGUCGACGUCUUCGUCUUCCACUCGGGCCAAGAAGAGGACCCGGAGGAUCGCAGGCUCCAGAGCGAGUACCUGGCCAACCUCAUGGGCUCGUCCCCUCGCCCCAGCAUCCUGCUCAGCUAUCUCGUCACCAAGCCCAAGGAGGGCAAUUACAACACGUACGUCAGCGAGACUAGUGGUAUGCGCGAUAUUGACCCGAGUGACUGGGACCGAUGGUGCGAGUACAUCCUCUACAAGAACCUCAAGCGUGCCGGCUACGCCAGAGUCAGCAGGAGCACCAUCACCGACACGGAGCUUCAGGUCGGCAAGUUCGUCGUUGGCCAGCCGGAGGGCUCCGAUGACAUGAUCCAUGAAAACGAUGUCCCGUACGGCCUUCGCUUCCCGACUUUGUUCAGAGGCGAGGGCGUGAGGGGUCAUCAUUACCAUGUGUUUGAUGAGCCUAGGUAUUACGCCUAG